AUGGGAAACUACAAAGCCAAUAUUAACGACAAGUUCUUGAAUUCUGCUCUUAUUUUUCAUGUGGUUCUUGUAUUUUGCAUAACGCUCAGAGCAACCAACGUCGAAGCUCGACAACCGUUUGCAUGUGACCCCCAGAACACAUUCACCAAGGAACUAACCUUUUGUAAAACGACAUUGCCUACAGAUGUGAGAGUGAAAGACUUGAUUGGACGGCUGACACUACAAGAAAAGAUCAAGUUGUUGGUGAAUACCGCUGCAGGGGUGCCAAGGCUUGGAAUUCAGGCAUACGAGUGGUGGUCGGAGGCCCUUCAUGGGGUGGCAAAUACUGGUCCCGGGACUAAGUUUGGUGGGGCCUUCCCUGGGGCCACUAGCUUCCCCCAAGUCAUUACUACUGCUGCUUCUUUCAAUGAGUCAUUAUGGCAAGAAAUUGGGCGAGUACGUGAUGAGUAUAUAUAG